ACUUCGCUUCAUGAGCAGUGAGAAGUGGGAAAGUGAACAAGUAAUCGAUACACGCUGAUCUCACGACUACAAGCAUCACACCAAUACAACCAGUCCGAACCACGUGCUACUCUCACUAUCAACGCAUGUACAGACCGUAUUACGACAACAUAACCGGCCCCUUCGACAUCGUCACAUCCAAGCCUAGUUGCUGCAGUUAAUCAGUGUGCAAAAAGUGAAAACUAGUUCCUGAUAAGUGGAGUGUCCUCUACCUGCAGACCAGCUACGUCACCAGCAACAACAGUACAACAAUACCCCCUGAAGCCUGGAGGUACAGGAAGCCCGCAGUUUAUUGCACCACAGAGCGUUGAAGUCCGGAGAUGUUUACGAAGCAGAUGAGCGCUGAUAAGCGCAGAGAAUGAGGAGCCCGUCACUCACUCAGACGUUGCGCGUUGCCUGCUACCUUAUCAGAGACUGGACGGGACGGACAACAACAGCUCGUAAAUAUUAUUUUGGACACACGAUUGUUGAACUUGAAGUGCGCAGAAAUAUCCAUUCAGUCGCGAUUGCCGCAAGUGUACGGACGCGGUGCGAGAGUUGUCUUGCCCAGGUGAAACCCUCAACGAAUCUGCGGGGAACAUCCGACGACACGUGAAUACGGCAAGCAGUAUAGAAGACCCGUUGAUAAGAGCAGCUCGAGCCCCCCCUCAGCGUCAAAGUCUGACGCAAUCGAUCGUCACUUCGAACACACUUCUUGGUGAUUCAGCUGGGGUUUAACCGAAGAUCCCGCAGAGAAGCGGUCAGCAACUGACUGUUUUAGUCUAUCGCGGCGUUCGCUACAAUUACAACGUACUCGCGUGGAGCAGCAAUUAGUACAAAUCAUUACUACAGGUGCAGAGCAGAAACGGGUUUCAACGUGCGAAUUUCGAUUCAAUUUUGAUAAGAGAAGGAGGAGGACCGUUAUCAGGUGCCCAUUGAUAGUCUGAAGGAGUAGGUGGCAACGACAUCAAGAGAAACCCCUAAGGAAAAGAGAUCUUCCCACAAGAAUGCACGGAAAGGGUGAAGGAAGUGGGUUCAAGACCGGUGUGAUAGAUCUGGUGGCGGGAUCGCUGGGUGGCAUCGCCCUGGUCUACGUCAGCCAACCGAUGGACACGGUCAAAGUGAAGAUGCAAACCUUCCCCCAUCUGUACCAAAACAUGAUCGACUGCACAACGAGCACCUUCAAACGGGACGGCUUCAUCCGCGGCCUGUACGCCGGAACCGUGCCCGCCCUGAUCGCCAACGUGGCGGAAAACUCCGUAGUAUUUGCGGCGUACGGCGCCUGCCAGAACCUGGUCGCGACCGUCAGCCGGAAGCCGUCGGUGUCGGAACUGACCGCGCUGGACAACGCCACGGCCGGCUUCCUGGCGGCCUUUUUCUCCUCCUUCACGCUCUGCCCCACCGAACUGAUCAAGUGCAAACUCCAAGCGUUGCGCGAGGUUCAGCAAACCAACCUGGCGGCCAACGAAAAGGUCCGGCACAUCUCCCCCUACCAACUGACGAAGCAGAUUCUACGCGCCGAAGGCAUCCCCGGCAUGUUCCGCGGGCUGACGUCGACGUUCGCCCGCGAAAUGCCCGGCUACUUCUUCUUCUUCGGCGGGUACGAAGCCACGCGGGAACUUCUGGCCAAGCCGGGCCAGCCGAAGGACGAAAUCGGACCGCUGAACACGAUGGUGGCCGGUGCCGUCGGCGGAGUCGCCCUCUGGACGGCGAUCUUCCCCGCGGACGUGAUCAAGAGUCGCAUCCAGGUGCAGAGCCUCACCCACAGUAUGACCCGGGUCGGGAUGGACAUCUUCCGGAAGGAGGGCUUCCUCGCGCUGUACAACGGGCUGCAGCCCACGAUCGUGCGGACCAUUCCGGCCACGGCGGUUCUUUUUGUCGUCUACGAGUAUUCAAAAAAGCUCAUGACCGAGCUGUUUAUGUGA